UGGUAAAAAAAUUGAAGAUGAAGGAGCACUAAGUGAAGAUGAUAGUUUACCACCUACACAGAUAUUUACUGCACCAUCUCCAAAUGUGUUAACACCAAAGAGAGGUGAACUGGUUGAUGAUUUUCUUACGCCCACCCAGCCAUUUAUACCAAAAGACAGUACAAAUACACCUAAAACCUCUGAAGAUACAUCAACUCAUGGUGAACCAGAUGAUAUAGAUGCACCAACCCAAAUUUUUCAAGAGUCACUUGUAGUUCAGGACAGUAACAAACCAACUCAGGUAUUUCAUAAAGAAUCACCUUCUAAAAGUGCUGAGAACAUUGCUCCAACUCAGCUCUUUCAAAAUGAUGCUAAUGACACAGAUGAAGAAUGCUGUGCUUCCACACAGCUGUUUAUACCUGAAGAUAAAACAUCCCCUGUUACUAAACCACAAAGAGGUAUAAGUGAAGUAUGGGAUAAAUUAGAUGCAGAUGCAACUCAGGAUAUUAGUCUAAAUGUAGAUGUUAAUAUUGAUGAAACACGUAUGGCUAAUGAGUCCAAUUUACAAGUAUCAUCAGAAAGAAAAGAUUUAGCAAGCAAAGAAGAUUAUAAGGCAUCUGACAUGAAUGAUGAUGAUGAUAACUCCUCCACAGUGUCAGAAAAUUUGUUAGAACAAACCACACAGCCACAUUACCAAGACUGUCUACUAAAGGAAGAUGAUCAAGAGACCAAAGAGGAGAACUACUAUUCAGAUGAAAGUACAGAUAUGGAAGAUGAAGUGUUAGCUCCCAAAGACACUGUAAAAGUUCAAGAAGUGACAAAUAAUUCCAGUAUUUUACAAACAAGUAAUAUGUCUCGCUUAGAAUUGAGUUCUGACUCAGAUAUCAUCCCUGAAGUUAGUGGCACUGUCACUCAGUCACCGAAAAAUGUAAAAUCACAUCAAGAGUUAGAGGGGCAGAAAGACAAGGCAUUAGAUGGGGAAAAGGAGCAGAGGUGUGGAGAUGAUGGAUCUCAAUUAUCCAAAGCACAGGACAAAGUGGCUAUUGGAAAACCAGGAAUACAUUUCACAAGGGUUUCCAAGGUGGUUGCUUCUGAUACAGUAGUUCCAAAGUCUGUAGGGAAGGCAGCUAAAUACAACCAGUCUGCACAAGGUUCUCCCUGCAUAGAUGUCAAAAUUUACUCUUCAGAUAGUGAUGACAGUGAUAGUAUCGAUAGCAGGACUUGCAAAUCAGAGUCAGAAAAAGUAAAGGAGGUUGCAGAAAUUUUGAGUGACAGUGAAACUGAUGACGAUGUAGGUAAUGUUUCACAAAGGUUAUUUGAGUUUUCUCAGGAAGAAGUCAGUAAGGGAAUGGGAGAACAGACUGAUAAUGAAGAGAAAGUUGAGGAGGAGGAUCAUAACACAAAGGGAAGAGACAAAACAGAGAAACAAGACAAAGAAAUUCAUAAAGGGCAAUGUCAAAAAACUGAAAAAAACACAGGAGAAAAUGUAACUAGAGAUAAUGAACAUGAUAUCCAAAAGGAAAAUAAAAUGGAAACACCAAGAAAGAGCAAAAUAAACACAAGAAAAACUUUAAUGAAGCAGAUACAAAGUCCCAAUGAAUCUCAAAGAAAAAAUGACAUUAGGAAUAUGAUCAUUAAGAAGGAAACUGAUGAAAAGUCUGAUAAAUGUAAAGAGGUUGGAGAUGAAGAGACAAAGUGUAGUAGAACAACAAGGGAAAGAAGAGGGGAUAAGAGACAGACCCUAGAGUUAGACUCUACUACAGAGCAGAAGACAAAGAGUGGUAGAAUAAGGAGAGAACCCAGAAGAUUUUCUCCAGACAGAAAUUCAGAGGAUGCUGAUAUAUCAUCUACUUCUGUGAUAUCAAAAGGAAAAACAGUGAACAUCUCCAAAAAUAUGGAAGAACAUGUAGAUGUUCAUCCAUCAAAGAGAGCACGAUCAUCAACCCCGGUAAGUGGAGAAGAGAAAACGGACUCUUCAUCAGCAAGACUAGGGAGUUCAAAAAUUGAUCCAAACAAAGUGGACUCUCAAAAAAAGGGACUUCAAAAAUCAGUUCCACAGACAAAAGAAAUUCAGCCUGAGAGAGUUGGUAAUUUGCAAGGAAAAGACAGUAGAGAAAUUGUAGGUAAGCAAGUAAAAAAAGAUUCAGGAAAUAGAGGGCGAAGAUCAGCUCCUAUAACUUUAAAGGAACCAAAAAUAGAAGAACAAGCUCAGCAAAGCAGUUUAGAGACUGAGAAAAUACAGGAAGUACAGAGAAAGACAAGUAGGGCCAGUAUUGCACAAACAAAGAAUCUAGUUGCAGCAGCUGAGGAACAAAGUUUGGAACCUGUCAGAAGAGGCCGCAGAUCCACAAUCAAUAACCCAAAGGAAGAUAAAACAGAAAAAGUAAGUAAAUUAAACAGGGAAACAAGAGUUACUGUUGCUGACAUUGUACAUAUGGAUGAGAAUGUGCAUUCUCAGAGAAGACAAUGCAGAUCAGCAUUUGGUAGGUCAAAAGGGAAUGGGAACAUAGGCACCAAUCAGAUAACUAAAAAGGAGACAGAGGAAAAAGAAAUCAUUGUUGAACCACCUCGAAGGGGACGCAGAUCAGCAGCUGCUAAGUCAGAUGAAGUCAUGACUGAAGAAGCAGAUAAAGCUGUUAAACAUAAAUCACUAGGAACUAGUGUAGAGAACAAGCCAAAGGAAUUGCUUGAAAGUGAAAAUCAGAAAAUGCAGCCGAAGGAUGUAGAAGACAGCAUGGAAGAGCCACCAAAGCAAGAAGUGAAAGUACAACCAUCAAGAAGAGGACGUAGAUCAGCAGUUCCUAAGUCAAAGGAAAGUAAUGAAGAUAUUUCUGUAUCUGAGAAAAAAAGUGUAGAAACUGAAAUUGAACCCUCAAGAAAAGGACGUAGAUCAGCAGUUCCGAAGUCAAAGGAAGGUAAUGAAGAUAUUUUUGUAUCUGAGAAUAAAAGUGUAGAAACUGAAAUUGAACCCUCUAGAAAAGGGCGUAGAUCGGCAGUUCCGAAGUCAAAGGAAGGUAAUGAAGAUAUUUUUGUAUCUGAGAAUAAAAGUGUAGAAACUGAAAUUGAACCCUCUAGAAAAGGGCGUAGAUCGGCAGUUCCGAAGUCAAAGGAAGGUAGUGAAGAUAUUUCUGUAUAUGAGAAAAAAAGUGUAGAAACUGAAAUUGAACCCUCAAGAAAAAGACGUAGAUCAGCAGUUACGAAGUCAAAGGAAGGUAAUGAAGAUAUUUCUGUAUCUGAGAAUAAAAGUGUAGAAACUGAAAUUGAACCCUCUAGAAAAGGGCGUAGACCAGCAGUUCCGAAGUCAAAGGAAGGUAGUGAAGAUAUUUCUGUAUCUGAGAAUAAAAGUGUAGAAACUGAAAUUGAACCUUCAAGAAAAGGGCGUAGAUCAGCAAUUCAAAAGUCACUUGAGAGUGGAAUUUUGAAACAGGCGAGGGAAACGGAGGAUAAUGAUACAGGAACUUUAAGUAAAGAAAAGACAGCUGGGCAACAGAAAAGAGCACGCAGAUGGGUCGUUAGUGAGACGAAGGAAGUGGAUGGAUCAACAGAUUCUGAAAAAAAAUCUGGCUUGAAAUUGACAAUUAAAUCUGUACAGAAAGAAUCUGAAGAGACAAGUCGUCCUCAGCGUAAAGGAAGAGCAAGUAUUGCUACAUCACAUCCUACUGUAAAAGAGGGUCCUAGAUCUACCAGACAAGUGCGAUUGAGUAUGAUACCUGAGAAGAUGGAAGAUGAGAAUGAUGGACCAAGUAAAUCAAAGAGACUAAAAAGAUCACAAGAUAAGGACGUAGGAGUAUGUACUUCUGUUGAGGAAAAGCAUUCAGAGAUGAAAUUUAAAGAUAAAAGAAAGCAAAAACAGAAAAAUUUAGCUGAAGAGAGUUCAGAUAGUGAGUCAAGUUCAAAGAGGUCAUCAAGCCAAGAGAGUCAAAGUUCACAGGGCAGGAAGAGGGCAAGAAGAAAUAGUAAUUCUUCAGAGGAUAUACACUUGACACCAAAGUCAGCAAGAACAAGAACCAAAAUGGAUUCACCUCAUAGCAAAGGUAUCCUAUGGUCGCCAUCACAAAGGCAACAACAGGCUGACGUACGACCCAAAGUCCUCUUUACUGGUUACAAGGACCAGCAGGAUGAGAAAAUUGUUACAGAUUUAGGUGGAAUGGUUGUGGAAUCUCCAAAAGAGUGUUCAGUGCUUGUUACAAUGAAUAUCCGAAGGACCUGUAAGCUUCUGGCAGUCAUUGGCAAAGGCAUGCCCAUCGUCACACCGCAGUGGCUGUCAGCAUCAAAAUUAGCAAGAAACUUUGUUGAUCCUUGGAAAUAUAUAGUAAAGGAUACAGAAUCUGAGAAAAAGUUUGCCUUUCGGCUUGAUCAGAGUCUUCAGUCAGCUAGAAAAAGCCUACUUUUUGAAGGCUUAUCAUUUCAUGCGACAAAAUCAGUGAAGCCUCCACCAGACCAAAUGAAAGAGAUAAUUGUGUGCUCUGGUGGCAUAUACAUGGAUGUCCCACCGAAGAGGUAUUCCCCUGAAAUGAGAAUUAUUUCAUGCCCGGAAGAUAAAAACCAGUGGGGUGCAUUCAAGAAACUGCAGAUUCCGGUUUUAGGUACUGAAUUCAUUUUAACAGGAUUACUCCGACAUCAACUGCUGUUGGAUGACUUUGUAUUAGCCUAAAUAAGGAACAUUGUAAGGACCAUUAUUUGUACAUUCAUGUUUUAUACAUUCCUAUAUAUAUUGUAAAGGUAGUCAUUAUCUUAAUGAGAAUGUAAAUUUUAGUGCAUUUAUACAUUAAGAUUUUAGUACAGCAUUAUUUCUACAUCAUGAAUAUGAAAAAGUUUAGAGGAAUUAAUAGACACAAACAGAAUUUCAUAUUUCGAUAAGCAUAUUUGUAUAUAAAUCAUGAUUAUCAGUAAGAUUAUUGAUAGUAAUAUUUGUUACUAAUUGCAGUAUUUUUUUUUGUUUUUCUUUCUUUUUCUUAUGUAUUGAUAGUGUUGAUGAUGGUGUACUGAUAAGCAUUAAAAAUAAUAAUUGAAUCCUACUUUAGUUAAAAAAGAAAAAGAGAGAGAGAGAGAGAGAAAAAAAAAAGAUAUUGCCAAACAAAUUUAUAUGGGUAUAACAUUUAAUCAUAAGAUUAAUUGUAAUACUGUAAUUAUUCAGAAAUCGGAUGUAUAGAUUUUAUGGACUGUAUGGAAAAAAUGAGCAUUAACAUUUAAUUUAAGUGAUUGAGUUAAUUUUUCAUGGACGAAAAUCUCUUAGAUACAUUUUUCUGUCUAUUAUAAGUGAAGGAUUUGUGUUAGAUUAAAAAUUUUACUGCAUGACGUUAUGUAUAGUUUAUUUUUUGGAGAUAAAGAUAUAUGGUCAUGUUUGUUCAGAUAUAUUUUGUUUAAUGAAGCUUAUUAAUGUAUGAAUAAAAUUCUGUGAGAAUUUU